UUAUUAUUAUUAUUAUUAUUAUUAUUAUUAUUGAGCGUUUUUAAAAGAACUCAGUCAUCAUGCCAGACCAGCUGUCAGUGUCCGAGUUUAUGGACAUUACCAAUGAGGAUUAUAAAGCGCCUACAACCUCGAUCUUCACCACCCGAAUGGGCCAUUGCAGGAAUACAGUGGCUGGACUCGAGGAGGUUCUCGAUGCAGACCGGAGUGUUCUGAGCAAAAUGAAGAAGUCUGUCAAGGCCAUAAACACCUCUGGCCUAACCCAUGUGGAGAAUGAAGAGCAGUACAUUCAGGCUCUGGAGAGGUUUGGUGAGGCGAAUGUGUACAGAGACAACACAGAAGUGGCAUCAGCUUUCCUCAAGUUCGCAGUCUUGACCAAAGAACUCACAGCACUCUUCAAGAACUUACUACAGAACAUGAACAACAUCAUCACCUUUCCUUUAGACAGUCUGCUGAAAGGAGAUCUGAAAGGAGUGAAAGGGGAUUUAAAGAAGCCGUUUGAUAAAGCCUGUAAGGACUACGAAAACAAAGUUAAUAAGAUCGAGAAAGAGAAGCGGGAGCAUGCCAAGCAGCACGGGAUGAUCAGGACGGAGAUCAGUGGAGGAGAGAUUGCUGAGGAGAUGGAAAAAGAGAGACGGGCCUUUCAGCUCCAGAUGUGUGAGUAUCUCAUCAAAGUGAAUGAAAUCAAAAUCAGGAAGGGGGUCGACUUGGUGCAGAACCUCAUCAAAUAUUUUCACGCCCAGUGCAAUUUCUUUCAGGAUGGGUUAAAAGUUGUGGAGAAUCUUAAACCAACACUGGAAAAACUGUCCACGGACUUAGCAGGAGUUAAACAAUCACAAGAAGGAGAAAAGAAGCAGCUGAUCCAGCUUCGAGAUGUUCUAAAGUCAUCCUUACAAACAGAACAAAAAGAAGACUCUCAGGCCAAACAGAGCACAGGCUACAGUCUCCACCAGCUGCAGGGGAACAAGGCUUACGGCACAGAGUGCGCUGGGAUUCUCUACAAACGCAGUGAAGGGCUGAGGAAGGUGUGGCAGAAACGGAAGUGCGCAGUGAAGAAUGGAUACUUGACCAUUUGGCACGGAACGGCAAACACACCACCAGCCAAACUCAACCUGUUGACCUGCCAAGUGAAGUGCAACCUAGAGGAAAAGAAGAGCUUUGAUCUCAUAUCCCAUGACCGUACAUAUCAUUUUCAAACAGAAGACGAAGCCGAAUGUCAACUAUGGGUGUCCGUGCUGCAGAACAGUAAAGAAGAAGCCCUGAACAACGCCUUUAAAGGGGAUCAGGACGAGGGCGAGAACAAUAUCGUGCAGGAGCUUAGCAAAGCUAUCGUGAGUGAAGUGAAGAGGAUGAGCGGCAACGAUGUGUGCUGUGAUUGUGGAGCUCCUAAUCCAUCAUGGCUCUCCACUAACCUGGGGGUUCUUAUCUGCAUCGAAUGCUCGGGGAUCCAUCGGGAAAUGGGGGUGCAUUACUCCCGAAUACAGUCUCUGACUUUAGAUGUGCUGGGAACAUCAGAACUCUUGCUGGCGAGGAAUGUGGGAAAUGCAGGCUUCAAUGAUAUCAUGGAGGCAAAACUAUCAGGAGAGGAAAUACCCAAACCUAACCCCUCUAGUGACAUGCGGAGCCGCAAAGAUUUCAUCACAGCUAAGUACACAGAGAAGCGCUUUGCUCAGCGCAGACGUACCGAUCCGACCGCCAAACUGCGCAGCCUGUAUGAUGCGGUGAAGAGCCGCGACAUCUUCUCCCUGCUGCAGGUCUACGCUGAUGGAGUGGACCUGACCGAGACCUUCCCUAUGGCCAACGAACAUGAGCAGGGUGAAACAGCGCUACAUUUGGCCCUACGAAUAGUAGACAGAAACUCCCUCCAUAUUGUAGACUUCCUUGUACAGAACAGUGGGAAUCUGGACAAACAAACUGUGAAAGGAAACACAGCACUUCAUUACUGCUGCCUGACAGACAACAACGAGUGUCUGAAACUUUUACUUCGGAGCAAAGCCUCUGUCACCAUGACCAAUGAAGCUGGAGAGACGCCACUGGAUGUUGCCAAGAGGCUGAAACACACACAGUGUGAGGAGCUGCUGAUCCAGGCACAGACUGGCAAGUUUAAUGUCCAUGUGCAUGUGGAGUAUGAGUGGUGCCUGCACAAUGAAGACAUGGAUGAGAGUGAUGACGAAAUGGAGGACAAGCCAAUCCCUCAGAAGCGAGAGGAGCGGCCUGUAAGCUGCUUCCUCCCAGGCAACACCUCUAUCCAGCCCAACAUGGCUGCACUGGCACGGGAUGUGGUCAACGCUGUCCGGGAAAAGCAGAGAGGCUUCAUCCCCAGCAUGAUGUGUAACGAGACCUACGGCACCAUGAUGGAUCUCAGUCCUCCUCCCUCUAACAUACUCACUGUCCCCAUACCGCAGCUCCCUCCACGCAACCCAGUCCUGGGAGUUGGCAGUUGGAAUCCUUUGGAGACAGUAGGGAGGCAGCGAUCCUCCUCAGACCCGCCCAACCCUACCAGUCCAGAGAGCAACGUCUAUGUUCUUCCUCCUGCUCCUCCUGCUCCUCCUCUUCCUCCUCCAGUUGUCAAGAAGCCAAAUGUCCAGACAAAGAAUGCCCUUUUGCCCCCAGUACCAGCUGCACCGACAGUCCCGCCCAUUACUCAAAAGCUUCCAGUUCCCCAGGCUCCCACCAUUCCCACCGCCCCACCACUAAUUCCAGUGCCCCCUCCUCCCCCAAUGCCCCCACCCCCAUACAAAUCCACACCACCAAGUAUACCCAUACUGCCCAGAGCCCCUACACUCAAACCCAUCCCAGGAGCUGAGAAAAAUCUUCCCAAGCUGCAACCACACAGGCCUAGGCCCGGUGAAACAGUCGAAAAAGAUGCUUCCCUCUCAGCACAGAGUUCUGUACCAACAGCACCUCCUGCUCCACCCCCUUUCCCCAAACCUAAAAUGCCUCAGACAAAAAUUAAACUUAAGCGGGUGAAAGCUAUCUACAAGUGUAUAGCUGAUAAACCAGAUGAGCUGACUUUCAAGGAGGGAGAAGUGAUCAUAGUAGAUGGAGAGGAAGACAAGGAGUGGUGGGUGGGGCACAUUGAGGGGGAUCCUACCAGAAGAGGAGCUUUCCCUGUUUCAUUUGUGCACUUCAUCACUGACUGAUUUUAGCCAAGAUCU